UCCCCGGUAAGGAGGGAAAAGGUGUGUUCACAGCCACUCAGUCAGAGAGAGUGACACAUGCCCUAUUAGGAAAUCCCUGGAGGACGAGGAUAUAAAUCCCUGCCUGGACUGCUGAGUUUCCACUGAAGGUAAAAGUUGGGCCUGGCAGCCUUCCCCAGGCGAGAAGCAACAAAGUCAAAGAAUGCAGGGCUGCAGAAGAUCAUCUCCCAGGAGGUUGUAGGUCCAAGGAAGAUGAGAGACACAUGGAGAAGACUUAAAUCCCACCCGAAGCAUGGAGUCAAGCCUAACAGCCCGAUCUAGAUUAGGGGGUGCUGAACCUGAGAUCACCUCCUGUGUCCUUCAGAAGUUGCUGGAAACAAUGUUCGUCUUGUACGUGUUGAUAAUCGGCGUUUAUUCCUUCACCGUUCAGCCUGAGGAACACACAGUGGCUGCAGGAAACUGCCAGUUUCUUGGCAAGCAUUUCAAAACUGACUUCAAAGUGGAAGGGGAGCCUGUGGUCCUGAAGUGCCCCCAGGUGCAGUAUUGGUUGUGGGAGUCUGUCAGCCCCCACGUCAACGUGACAUGGCAUAAAAAUGAUUCUGCUAGAACAAUUCCAGGGGAAGAAGAGACACGAAUGUGGGUCCAGGAUGGUGCUCUCUGGAUCUUGCCAGCCUUGCAAGAGGACUCUGGCACCUACCUCUGCACUGUCAGAAACACGUCUUACUGUGAUGAAAUGUCCACUGAGCUCAGGGUUUUUGAGAAGACAGAAGCUUCCCUGCCUUUCAUAUCAUACCCACAAAUUCUUACGUUGUCAACCUCUGGGUCCUUAGUUUGCCCUGAGCUGAGUGAAUUCAUCAGUAACAAAAUGGACAUGAAGAUUCAGUGGUACAAGGAUUCUGUCCUUUUGGAUCAAGACAAUGAGAAGUUUCUAAGUGUGAGGGGAACCUCUCGCUUACUCAUACAUAAUGUGUCUGUGGAGGAUGCAGGUUAUUACAGCUGUGCCAUGACAUUCGCCCACGAAGGCAUGCAGUACAACGUGACUAGGAAUAUUGAACUACGUGUCAACAAAAAAGAAGAGGAGACAAUUCCUGUGAUUAUCUCCCCCCACCAGACCAUCUUAGCUUCACUGGGGUCAAGAUUGACAAUCCCAUGUAAGGUGUUUCUGGGAGCUGGCACACAUUCGACCACCAUGCUGUGGUGGAUGGCCAACACCACCAGCAUAGAGAGCGCGUACCAAGGAGGCCGUGUGACUGAGGGGCAGCGCCAGGAAUACUCGGAAAAUAACGAGAACUACAUUGAAGUGCCACUGAUUUUUGAUCCAGUCAUAAGAGAGGAUUUGAACACGGAUUUUAAAUGCGUUGUGCGCAACACACUGAGUACUCAGAUGCUACGUACCACGGUCAAAGAAGCUGCCACAUUCUCCUGGGGGAUUGCGCUGGCCCCCCUCUCCCUGGUCUUCUUGGUUUUGGUGGGAAUAUGGAUGCACAGACGGUAUAAACACAGAACUGGAAAAACAUAUGGUUUGACCACGUUAAAGACUGGCCCUUAAGAUUUUCAAUCUUACACGAGUGAAAUAAAGGCAAUAAAACAAUUCAAAUCCAA